AUGUGUCGGAGAGAUCGGAUACGUCCUGGCUUGAAUAUUUUUGACGAAACGGGCAACGAACUAGAAUGGGAUUACGAGCACGAUACGCGCUUCUACGAAGAACCACGAAAAACUCCUGAGCUGGAAAAGGAGCGAACGGCAAGCCCGAAGGAGUGCGCAACGGUAGAGAUUAGUCUUGGGAAACGAAAAAUAAAAACACGUGGACGUGGGGCAAAACGAUUCAAGGCUCUCGAUGAUUCGUUUUCGGGUAGUGGAUCACUGGCCGCCGAUCGUGAAGUUUAUGAAAUAUCCAAGCGAAGCUCUCAAAGAACUGGUUCUGAAGAGUGGGAACGAGAGGAGGAUGAAAGCGAUUGGAGCGGCGAUCGAGAUCCGAGUCCAACGCCACAGCCGUGGGAUGUGAAGGCCAAUGUGUACUCACGUAUCACAGCGCCAAAGAGUAGGGCCCGGAAGUGA